AUGGGGAGUUUUGUGGCUGAUCUGUUUCUGCUCCUGCUAAUUUCCACAGGACAAGUUUAUGGAGUGUCUUUCUACGGUGAUGGCUACAUCCACCUACGAACAGUGGAGGCGUCCAUUCAGACAGUGCUCCAUGUACGUUUUCGAACCUCCAGUCAGUCGGGGCUGCUGUUUUUGGCAGCUGGACGCAGAGAUUACUUGCUGCUGGAACUGAUCUCUGGGCGCCUGCAGGUACGUCUGGACUUGGGCUCAGGUGAGCGCUCACUACGCUCAGAAAAGGGCAUCCAUCUUAGUGACCUAGCAUGGCACUCCAUGGAGCUGACUCACAAACAUCAUAAUGUCACCAUGACUGUGGACCGAAACUCUCAUACCAGCCUCCGUAUGCCGGGACCAGAUUUGGAGCUCAGGGUCGAGGAUGGGCUUUUUGUUGGUGGAGCAGCUGGACUGAACCACCCUAACCUUCUCAACAUCUCCACUGGGUUUAGAGGUUGCGUAGAUGAAGUUGUGUUCAAUGAACAUAACCUGCUGUCCAGCCUGAGACCUUAUUCUGGGUACAAGAGCGUCCAUGAGGUAUCAUUGGGCUGUAGUCCACAGUUUUCUGCAACAGAUGAUGACUCUGUCAGCUUUUUCAGCUCUAAAGCCUUUAUCUCUCUCCCGCCAUGGGAGGUGCCACAGGAGGGGGUGUUUGAAUGUGAAUUGCACCCCUCUGCAAGAGAAGAAGAUGGCAUUAUUCUGUAUAGCUCUGGCAACCUGGGAGGGUUUGUUGCCAUAGAGAUCAGAGAUGGUCACCUGGUGGCAACAGUAGGAAAUGGAGAGGGUAUUAAGACUGAGCUGCGUUCUCUAACACAUGUCCACAGCAACUACACCUGGUACCCCAUGCAGCUGCACCUGUUGCCCUACAGCAUCCAGCUGAAGGUGGGCGAGGAGUUGAUCAAGGCUGACCUGAGCCUGGAGCUCCAGGUCAUCCAGCUCAAAGGGCCUCUCUUCUUGGGAGGGUUGGACGAAGAAGCCCGUGGAGAGGCAAGGCGAGCUGGGCUGAUGUCCGUUAUGCCUGUGGGGCAAAUCGCUGGGGGAGGAGGCUCCUUUAAAGGAUGCCUCAGGGAAAUUAGGGUGAACACUCAAAGAACAGGCUUACCUCAUGCCACCAUCACCAAGGACAUCACUGUGGGCUGUAAGACAGGGCAAGCUCCAGAUGCAGUGACCACCACCAGUCCAACAGAUCGUCCUGCGUCUCAUGUCACAACCACACAACCAAUUAUCAACAAUAAGAAGAACCCUAACUUUUUGUUCCUGAGAAAGCUAGAAGUAGCAGAGGGAGGCCGGGCACCACUGGAGCCCAAACACAUGAGGGUGAAUCUGGAUUUUCGGAAAUUGGGCAUUCAUCCGUCCCAGUUGAUGUUCCGCAUAGAGGGACAGCCUGUCCAUGGCCAGCUCCGGCUGGACCUAAGAGCAGAAGAGGUUGACCGCACUUUCAGUAUGCUGGACCUGUGGCAGGGCCGGGUGAUGUACGUUCACAGUGGGUCAGAGGACCAACAGGACUUCUUCAUGUUUUCAGUAUUCUGCAGAAGUAAGAAGGAGGUUCCUGUGUUUCUGAAGGGCAACCGCCUGCACCGGUUUGAUAUCAGCAUCAGUCCUGUUAAUGAUGCACCUGUGCUCAGCAUGCCGGAGGGAAAUCUUUUCACUGUGGUGGAGAACUCCAAGAGACAGCUGACAACAGAUGUGGUGAGAGUGUCAGACCCUGACAGCAGUCCUGCAGAGCUGGUGUUCAGUUCCCUGGGAAACCUCAAAUCAGAGGUUGGACACCUUGAGCACCAGGAUUACCCUGGCAGGGCCAUUAACUUGUUCUCACUGAAUGAUCUGGAGGAGGGUAAGAUCAGCUUUGUCCACACUGGGGUCCCCACCUCCAGGCUGGCACUCAGGGUCAGUGAUGGGCUGAAGUUGAGCAACACAGUAGUUUUGAGGAUUAUGGCGGUGCCACUCGAACACGAACUGGUGAAUAACACCGGACUGGAGGUAAACCAAGGCGGGGCUUCCAUCAUCACAACCAUUCACCUUGCAGUACAAGUUAAUGUGGCUGAUCAGGAAGUGGAAAUCCACUAUGAUGUUACAGAGCUGCCACAGUUUGGUGAGCUCCAGCGGUUGCACUCAAGUGGCGACUGGAAACCGACCACUUCCUUCUCUCAGAAGCUUCUGGAAAAAGAACGGAUCAGAUAUGUCAACACUUAUCAUGGCCUUCAGACUCAGAACAAUGUCACUGAUCACUUCAAAUGUAAGAUCAGCACCGGUUCCCUGGCUACAGAGGAGGUUGUUUUCCUCAUUGUGAUACGCUGGAUUCACUUCAAGGUCACACGCAGUAAGAUGGAGGUCAGUGGUGUUCAGAAUGCUACUGUCACUCCGGAGGACCUCCAUGUGAUUUCUAAGGGUGUUAAACUCAAUGAGAGCGACCUCUACUUCAGGCUCCUAACAGUACCAAAGAAAGGGAGGCUAUUCCUCAUCGACCACGUUCUACAAAGGAACUCAAGCUUCAGCCAACAGAAUAUCACAGAUGGCUUGGUGAAGUAUGAGCUGCUCAACAGGCUGCUCGAUGACACCAGAGACAUGUUCAGAUUUCAGGUGUUUUCAGCACAUGCCAACUCAGCAACUUACGACUUCAGAAUUAACAUCAAAGUAGAGUCGACUGCCAUCACUGUUAUAAACAAAGGCCUCACAAUCCUGGAGGGAGGAAGUCAAGUCAUCAACAAAGAUAUUCUGUACACUCACACAGCAAGUAACCGUGAGGUCCUCUACAACAUUACGCUGAGCCCUAGGCACGGGCAGAUAAGGAGGAUCAACCUUUCCAACUCAACUUCCAUUAACGACAACGUUGUGACUUUCACAAAUCUGGAUAUCAUCGAGGAGAGGAUCAUGUAUAUUCAUGACGACAGCGAGACCAAGCAGGAUUCCUUCACUUUUCAAAUCAUGGUUUACAAACCUCACAAACACACCAGCAAGAAGGAGGACAGAAACACAGCAGAACACACCUUUAAUAUCUCUGUGCAGCUCGUCAAUGAUCAGAGACCUGUCCGGGUUGUCGAUAAAGUUUUCCAUGUGGCCCGUGAUGGGCAGAGGUUGGUGACAUUGAAUGACCUUCGUUACCGGGACGAUGACUCUGACUUUGAGGACAGUUGGUUAGUCUACACGCGGAGGGGUAUUCCUAUGGGAGAGCUGGUGCUGGCCAGUGAUACCAGUCACAAGCUGUACGAGUUCACACAGCGGGACCUCGAGCAGAAAAAGGUGCUGUUUGUCCACAGAGGAGUGAGUUUUGGGCGUUUUGUGCUAUUUGUAUCAGAUGGGAAACAUUAUGUUUCAACCCUGUUGGAGGUAAUGGCUCAGGAUCCUUACCUUCAGGCUGAGAACAACACAGGCCUCACGGUCCAGCGAGGUGGGAUCACAACCUUGACCUCUACAAACCUCAGCGUCUUCAGCAACCUUGAUAUCCGAGACCCACAGGAAGUGACAUUUGAGGUCUUCCUGCCACCUAAACAUGGUGUGCUCUGCUUUAAUGAUAAAGAUCGUGAGGCUGUAACAAAAGCAGAUGCAAUUUCAAUAUUCACCCAACGAGAUCUGAUGGCAGGGCACCUGGCGUAUUACCACGAUGGCAGCCAUGAGCUGUCAGAUGGGUUCAAUGUGACGGCAAGAGCAAGGGAGAAGACUACAGAGAACCGACUGGACAGAGGAAGGAGGGAGGUACAUCUAGAUAUCGGAGUGCCGGUAAAAAUCUACCUGGAAAGUCACCAGAGGCCGCCAACGAUCAUAAGUAACCGUCCAGUGGUGGUGGCAGAGGGACAGAACGUCUCCAUAAGCAGGGACAACUUGGAGGUGGUUCAUGAGGACAGUCAGCCCUCAGAGAUAGUUUUUACUGUCGAAGAUCCUCCGACCCUGGGCUUCCUUCAGAGGUUUCCCCCCAGGGACAAGCACCGGAACAGCAAUAGAGGACAGCUAGAGCAGCCAACAACCUCCUUCACUCAGGAGGACCUCAACCAGGGAUUGAUCAUCUACCAUCAGCAGGCUGCAGGAAGCACCAACGACUCUGUCCUGUUGGAAGCAACCAAUGGGGUCACAAAGGUCGGACCUGUCAGGCUGGAGAUUGAUAUCAUUCCUAUCCUGCUCCCUCUACAGGUGUCUGACUUGACCCUUGAUGAGGGGUCGUCCCUGCCGCUGACCUCUGACAUCAUCAAGGUCGCCAAUCAUCACUUCUCAGGGAUGAACUUCCUGUACCAGGUCAUAGUUCCACCACUACACGGACACUUGGAGCACAGCCGGAUCCCGGGGAUGCCCAUCACUGCUUUCACUCACACUGAGGUGGAACGUGAGUACAUCUCUUAUACCCAUGACGGCAGCGACACACACAGAGACAACUUUACCAUUGUGGCCAAUCAGACAGAAAUCAGGAAGCACAGUCUUCCCUGCACCGUUCACGUCAAUGUCAUUCCUGUCAAUGAUGAGACUCCUGUUAUUGCAGCCAACAAGGGUCUGAAGGUGUGGGUGGGUUCCGUGACAGAAAUCACCUUAAAUGAUCUGAGUGCAGAGGACUCGGACACUCUGCCUGAGGGGCUGGAGUUCGUUGUCACACCACCCAGCAACGGGCACCUGGCCCUGAAGAGCGCCCCCUCCAGACACAUCCUGAACUUUACCCAAAAUCACAUACAGACCGGACAACUGGUAUUCGUGCACAGUGGUGCUUUGUCGGGAGGCUUUCACUUCCAGGUAAACGAUGGUGUGAACUUUGCCCCUCGCCAGAUCUUCAGCACAACUGCCCACUCUUUGGUCCUCACCCUGCAGAGAAAUCACCCAAUGGAGGUCUACCCAGGCUCUGUGACACCAAUCACUGAGCAGGAGCUUCAGGCUGUAACCAACGACGUCAGCGACAUCAGAAGAAACCACUCUGUGGUGUUUGCAGUGACCACUCCUCCUAAACUCGGUCGCCUGGUCCGACGUAUGCCUGAUAACUCUACACAAAAUAUAUCCAUGUUCACACAAAGCAUGGUGAAUGAUGGAGUUAUCUUGUAUGAUCAGAAGAAGCCAGAGUCAGUAGGAUGGUCGGCUGCAGACUCUUUCUCUUUCACUGUGUCCUCUCCCCCUGCUUUCCUUCCUCCACAUACCUUCACCAUCUUAAUCACCUACCAGGCCAACGAACAUCACGACAACUCUCAACAUAAGACCAGACUACUGAACAAUGCAGGUGCCGUGGUGGCCGAGGGAGGCCGGGUGAUGAUUGACAGCUCUAAACUCGAUGCUUCCAAUCUCCUUGUGAAAGUCCCAGAGCCCCGCAGGAAAGACCACCACAUCCUGUACCGUGUGAUUUCACUGCCGCGCCACGGGGCUCUGUCUAUACGAGGUCACAACCUCACCAGGAACCAGCCUGAUUUCUCCCAGGUCACCCUAAACAAGUUCGGCAUCACAUACAUCCAUGAUGACUCAGAGACAACGAGCGACAGCUUCACUUUUCGGGCCUGGGUGGCUCCUUUGGAUCUCUCCUCCUCUUCCUCCUCAUCUUCCUUCCUGGCAGUGACAGAGAAAUUCAACAUCACAGUGACACCGGUCAACGACCAGCCGCCACUCAUCAGGAGCAGAGCCCCAAGUAUGAAGGUCGUGGUUGGAGAGAGAGUUGUUAUUGGACCAGACAAUCUGCAGGUUGAGGAUCAUGACACCCCUCCAGAGGAGCUGCACUACCUUGUGAUCAGUAAGCCCAACAACGGCUACCUGACGCUGGGGGAAAGACCAGAGCCAGUGACCUCCUUCACCCAGUACGACGUCAACCACGGCCGGCUACACUUCAUUCAGCAGGGUGAGCCCUCAACAGGUGUCUUCUACUUCAACAUAACCGACGGUCAUCAUCGCCCACUCUACAGACUGUUCAGUUUGGUGGUUAUAAAGCCCUCUGUCUCCAUAGUGAACAACACCGGCCUGUCAUUGGUUCAAGGCAGGACCGCUGUGAUCCUGACAACCAACCAGCUUUCUGCUCAAACCAACGGUCGCAGCCCAGCCAACAUCACCUACGCUGUCACCACACACCCUCGCCAUGGACGCAUUGCCAUUAAUGACCAGGAAGUCAUGACCUUCCGCCAUGAGGACCUGCAGUUUAGCCGUGUUGUCUACCACAUGACUGAUCUCAGCGAAUCAGAGGACAGCUUUCAGGUGUCGGUGUCAGCCUCGUCCCCAGGUGUUGACUAUGGAAAUGUCACAGACCAAACUGUGAAGGUAACUGUGCGGCCUCUGAUCUACCUGAGGGAGCAGGUAAGAGUGCCCAGUGGUAUCGCUGUGAAACUGGGGAAAGCCAUGAUCGAUGCCUCUGAGCUGGCGAGAAUCAGCCGAGCAGACCCGGUCUUUGAGGUUCUUUCUCCACCAAAACAUGGAAAACUAGUCAAGAUGACCUAUGACCCUAACCGAGCAUCAGAGGUCCUGAAGUCGUUUACGUUCAGAGACGUGGUGCAAGGCCGGGUCGCCAUCGAGGAGACACUCAGCGACGGUGACAACCAGCUCCAUAGUAACAAAUCAGCACUCGCAACACCUCGAGGCCACGCCCCUGCCACGCCUCUCAAUGAUUCGUUCAUCUUCAUGCUGAAGGCUGGAAACGUCCAACCAGCGAAGGGCGAGCUUCACUUUACCAUCUUUCCCCACCACCAGAUGCAUCAUGGUCCGAGUGUUACAAAUAUAGCAGAAGGCGCAAGUCGCGAACACACGACAGCCCGUCUGCCGGCGCAUAAUAAGACUACAACCGGAGGAGGAAGAGGAGGUGGACCCACAACGCACAGUGGCGUUGGGGUGGGUUUGCUCCCCCACAUUUUGUCACAUAAGAACCACAACAGGACACAGCACAAGCUGAGGCCUCACAGCCGCUGGGGGAACCACACACGCAGUCAUGGAGGAAGAAGUGGUGCAGAGGGAGCAGGAGGGGGUCACAGGCAUCACCCACAUCCCCACACUCCUUCUAUCUUAGACAAACACGGUCCAGUGAUCCCUCCUGACACCCAUCCGGUUCACGUCGAGGUCCUCCCUCGCCCCGCCUCUGACCCACUCCUCAUUAUCCUGCCGCUGCUGGCCUGUUUGCUCCUCAUCAUUAUUCUCGUAGUUUUGAUUCUGGUGUUCCGCCGCCGCAAGGAAAAACAGGCCCGGCUGCGGCUCCUCCAGCAGCUUGCCGCUGUGGCGUUGCCAACCGAGGGCAGCCCGUAUAUGGGCCGGGCGGAGCGGAGUGUGGCUAUGCCCUCUGUUGUGGUCACCCCGCUGGGCCAUAGAAGCUGCCCUACCUCACCCAGGGUAUCCAUAACUCCUAGAAGGAAGAGUCUGGCCCCUGGGAUGACCUUCUGGGGGCCAAUUGAAGCUGAUGGAGCAGGUGGUCAUGUGAAUAUUAGAGGUGGUAAUAGUAGGGAAAGAGAUACUGUAUCUUGUGGUGCUGCAGCUGUCACUGCAGGAUUCAAGAGAUCUACAUCCCCAACUCCGACUCUUAAAGACAACCAGUACUGGGUUUGAUUGGAAGUAGUUCAAAGAAAAACUGUGCCUUAGAGGUGUAUU